GCGGGAGAACACAAGACCAGCAGCAUCCUCGCAUGGACGACGACGACUGGGACGAUGCUGCGUGGGCCGAAGCCGCGCUCGCGGUCGAGCGCGUCGAGCAGACGCACGUCGCCGCUGCUCCUUUUCCUGCGGUCCCAGCUCCCGAUACUGGCUGGUCGUGCCCUCGAUGCACCUUGCGCAACCUGCCCGAAGCAGCAACGUGCGGUGUCUGCACGUAUCGGCGGAUCGGCCAUGCGCCACCAAAGACGACAGCGACAAGCUCAAUGGCGUCCUGGCUCGGUGUGGCCAAGCCGUCUCCACCUCCGGUCGCAGCGCCUGUCGCCCGACCACCGGCGGCCCGACCGCAGCCACCUCCCGUCGUCGUAACGCCCGUCCGACAAGGUUCCGCGAUGCCAUCGCACCAGCCAACCGCCUCUGCGGCGCCACUGCGACAGCCACCCUCCUUGCCCAUGACGUCGGCUGUCCCUCGUCCGGCGCCUCGCCCGUCGCCGCCGCUGCGUCUCGUGGCCGAGCCGCUCUGCCUCCCAGAAGAAGACGUGGUCAUGGGCGCAGCCAUCGACCGUGACCUGGCGACGCACUGGAUAUACCCGAGCAACUACCCCGUGCGGACGUACCAGCAGACGAUCACGCGCGCGGCCUUGUUCCAGAACACCCUCGUGUGUCUCCCGACCGGUCUCGGCAAGACGCUCAUCGCCGCGGUCGUCAUGUACAACUACUAUCGAUGGUUCCCGUCCGGCAAGAUUGUGUUUAUGGCGCCCACGAAGCCGCUCGUGAGCCAGCAGAUCGAGGCGUGCCAUAGCGUGAUGCCGAUUCCGCAUGACGACAUGGCCGAGCUCCAGGGCAACGUCCCGCCGGCGCGUCGCAAGCAGCUCUGGUCGACGAAGCGCGUCUUCUUUUGCACGCCGCAGAGCAUGCAGAACGACAUUGAGCGCGGGAAUUGCGACGUCUCGUCCUUCGUCUGCGUCGUCGUCGACGAAGCGCACCGCGCGACCGGCAACUAUGCGUACACGGUGGUCGUCAAAGCGAUCGCCGCAAAGCUCUCGGGCUUCCGCGUGCUCGCGCUCUCGGCCACGCCCGGCGCCAAGUUUGACGUGAUCCAAGAAGUCAUUUCGAAUCUGCGCAUCUCGCACAUUGAGUGCAAGUCGGGCGACGACCCGGACGUCCGAAAAUACACGCACUCGCGCCAAGAAGAAAUCAUCAAGUGUAAAAUGACCGGCGAAGUGUCGAGCGUGCGCGUCCAGUUUCUCAAGCUCUUUCAGCCCAUCUUGCAUCGCUUGUGUACAAGUCAAUUGUUUCAUAUUCGCGACCCGGACAAGCUCACGCGGUGGGUCAUCGUGUCGGCCCGGGACCGCAUGCGGGCAGGACCGCAGCCGCCACGGUACCGAACGGCCGAGGUGGACUUUGCGCUCCUCGCAAGUCUCUUGCAUGGACGGGAUGUGCUGACAACGCAUGGAAUCGGCAACUUCAAGACGUAUUUAGAUAGCUUUAUGAGCGACCGCGUUCAUGGACCGAAGAAGACCCUCGUCGAGUCGGGAGAGUUUCGGACGCUGCGGACGCUCGUGGACGCGCAGGUGGGCGGGAGCAGCAACAACCCCAAACUGGCGCAGCUCCAGAAGGUGCUGCAAGAGCAUUUUGCGCGGCAUAGCGCCGGCGGCUCGAGCACCCGCGCGAUCGUGUUUACGCAAUACCGCGAGUCUGUGAACGAGAUCGUGGCGCUGUUGACGCCGCUCGCACCGCUCAUCAAGGUGCAGGCGUUUGUGGGCCAAGGUGCGGGCAAAGGCAAGGAGAAGGGCCAGACGCAAAAGCAGCAGCAGGCGAUCGUCACAAAGUUUCGUGCCGGCGACUGCAACGUGCUGGCGGCCACGUGCAUUGCAGAGGAGGGCCUCGACAUUGGCGAAGUCGACCUCAUCGUGUCGUUCGACUGCCUCACGUCGCCCGUCCGAAUGAUCCAGCGCAUGGGUCGCACGGGUCGGAAGCGCGUCGGUCGCGUCGUCCUGCUUGUGACCGAAGGCGACGAAGAGAAGAAGCUCGAGCGUAGCGUUGCGUCGGCCAAGGCCGUGAACCGAUCGCUGACCAUUUUCAAGGACAAGUUCAAAUAUGUCGCGGGCCCGCGCAUGAUACCGCGGGGCAUCCAUCCGGUCAUCACCGAGAGUCAAAUGGUCGUGCCGACGUUCCAGGCGUCGCUGAUUGGCGGGAAAAAGGCCAAGCGACCAACGCCGGUCGCAGACGACGACCUCUGGCGCCUGACCGAGAGUGAACAGCAAGCGAUGGGGUUUCGCUUUGGUCUCAACGUCGCUGGUCGGCGGCCACCAAACGUGCUGACGCCAAUGCGUCUCCACAUCGCGUCGCGGCCGCACCACUUUGGCAAGUCGCAACGUGCGCGCUGCUACCUCCAGCUGCUGCAUGGCAUUGCUGGCGAGACGCUCACCGACAUGGACUUUGACGUGCACCUCGACCGUGCGAGCGUCGCGCUCUCGCAGCCGCCACUGCUGUCGCUGACGCCAAGCUCGCCUCCGAUGCCGCCAAGCGCGAGUCUACCGCCGCCGCCUUCGUUUGAGGAUGCCGAGUACGACGACGCUCACGCACUCGACUACUCGAUGGGCAGCCAGGAUCACUUUCUCGCAAGCAUCGACCACGCGACCCCAGAUCAUGGUCUCGACCACGCAAGUCCAGAUCCUGGUCUAGAUCAGACGAUCCCCAAUCCUGGUCUGGACGUCCCAAGCCCAGACACUGGCCUGAACCUCCCAAGCCGAGAUGCUAGCCUGGACCACGCGAGCCGAAAUACGGGUCAGGAUAUUGUCGACCUAGCGUCAUCGGACGACGAAGGGCCUUCGUUUUCUCUGCUUCCGCCUGUCGCGACAUCGCGGCCAACGCCACAUACGCCACAGCCGCCAGUAGCAACUCCAACGGAUGCCAUCACGACCAGCGACGAAGGUGAUGUACCGCGGCGUGCACUCAUGUCCGAGUCGGUGGCGACUGUCAAGACGCCGGUCAAGGCAGCGAGUCGGUCGGCGGUGCUGGCAACAUCACGGUCGUUGGAGACACGUCAACGCGACGACGACCCGCCCGUGUUUUCGUUGCUGCCAGCCAGCGAUUCGGUCGCUUGUCCGAAUGCUUCUGCGACGCUACUGACGCCGUCCAAGCCUCUCGGCGCGAGACAAAGUGUCGUUCAAUCCAAGGGCAUGCCAUCUGCCUCAAGCGCGUUGAAGAAGCCCAAAAAAAAGCUGGUCAUGCCAGCGUCCGACCCGGUACAGCCAUCGCCCGCCAAGCGACCACGCGUCGACGCGCCGCCGUCGUCCACGCUACCACAACGUCCGUUGGAUCCGACAGCCAGUGUACUACAGCAAGGUGCGCAGGUCAUUGCGUGGCUCGAAGAGCUCUCGACGGCGGCCAUGCAACAUCCGCCAACGUCACCGACCGAGAGCCCGCGGGCGACACCGCACCUCUCACCGAUUGGAGUUGUCGUGUCGACGCCACCGCGUCGGCUGCAGUCGUGUCCCCGUCUCUUGCCAACCAAAAACGAGGCAGUAGUGGACGCAAGCAGCGUCAUUCCGAGUGCAGAUGCGGUGCCACCGCCUCCAACGGUCGCGACGCCGUCCAAGCGCCCCGUCCAGCGCCGUAUGGAACUCGCGUCGCCACUCGCGCGACAAACGCCGUCUUCAGCCCACAAGCACACGACACCGAGAACCAAACCGCCGCUGCACGUGGAUCUGCGGUCGCCGCCGUUCGCAGCCGGCCCGAAUGCGUUGUCUCCGAUCACCGUGUUGACGCCGCCACCACCAAAACGACAACCGAAACCUGCAACGAGCCAAGGGCUGCCAGAGGACUGCCAAGUGUGCGGCGAGUCGUACUCGUUCGAGACCGACCCGCUUUUGUACUGUGAUGGCUGCAACGUUGGCGUGCACCAGCAGUGCUACGGCGUCCAAUCGAUCCCAGCGGACGCUUGGUUUUGCGACUUUUGCCGUCUCGCCAAGACGACGAUUGCCAAAUGCGCACUCUGCCCGGUCCAGGGCGGCGCGCUCAUGUCGACGCAGUGCGGGGCAUGGGUGCACGUCCAGUGCUUUCUCUGGAUCCCCGAGCUGCGCGUCGUAGCAGCCAACGACACUGCGUUUCGCCUUGGGUCACUCGAGACUUUGGACCCGGAGCGGUUCACGCUGCAGUGCGAAGUGUGCAAGACGAGCAACGGCGUUGGCAUCAUCCAGUGCGCAGAACGCAAGUGCCUCGCGUCGUUCCACGUCUCUUGUGCGUACCAUGCUCACUACGCCCCCGGCCAAAUACAAGUGGGUGAUGACACGCGCUUUGUCAUGUACUGUCCGUCGCAUGCGUCGCUGCUGCGCGCUGCUGCGUCACCGUCGGCGAUUUUCGCAACACCCGACGACGACGAGAGAGCCCACAAGAAGAGUCGGAAGCGCCUCAAGCAAGGCUCGUCGUCGCGUCAAGCGUCAAAGAAGCCAAAGCGCACCAAGCGACUGCGCGCCAGCAAGCAUCUCAUGGCGCAGUUUGUCGAGGCCGACGUUGGGGUCGAUGGCGAGGUGUCAUCCGAUGACGACGAGGACGCGCUGGAUGUGGGGCUCCCGCUGGAUGACAGCUUCAUUUGCGACGACGUGUCGAGUCAGGCGCUGUCACCGGCUUCCAUGCAAGCGAUCUACCGCCGCCGGUCGGUCUCGCCGGGCCUCGGGCGGCACUUUAGCGAAAAUGGAGUGAUUGCGUCGCUGCUUCGCCGCGAGUCGCCCGCUAGUCUCGGUGACGAGGACAGUGUCGUCGACGACGACGAUGGCACGCUGCACCAUGGGUAUCGAUGCGACGGGUGCGACCUCAACCCGAUUCAAGGGGUCCGCUACUCGUGCUCGGACUGCACCGGCUACGACCUCUGCACGUGCUGCUAUAGUACGCGCACGCAGCUGCACAACCCGCGCCAUGGUUUUCUUGCGAUACAAACGCCAGUGCCACCGACGCAAGCUGCGACGCACGCUGCGACGCAGGCCCCGAUACCAGCGCCGCUGACGCCAGCCAGGAGACCCAUCUCAGCAGAGGUCCGCACACCAGGCUCGACUCGGACUCGAGCAGCAACACCGUCGCCGGCACCAGUGCCAGUGCCAGUGCCAGUGACCAACGUAGCUGGUGGACUGACACCGGCGCAAAUCGAACGCAUGCAAGAGCGCAGGCGGGCAGCAAUGGAGAUCCAGCGCCAGCGACAACUGCAGCUUGGUGCGACGACGGUACUGCCACCGGCAGCUCUGACCGCGCCAGUAGUGGCACAAAAGCCGCUUGCAGCACCGGCCACGUCGUCGUUCGUGACCCCAAUGCAUCGAUCCGAGCCGGUCGCGCGAGCCGGUCUCUUGCGAUUGCCUCGCGUGCCAACAGCGGUUGCAUCACCGGCCUUUGCGAUCCAGGACGAUGCGUUUGAAGCUCCGUCGUUCAACUUGCUCGGUGCCGUCGCCACUGCGCCGCUUCUGCAGCCGCCCAUGCCUGAAACAGCGGCGCCUUCAUUCAACUUGCUGCCUCCACCGUCGGCGGGCGACGUCACCCAUGCACCACCAGCAGUCGUUCCGGCGCCAUCCUUCAAUGUGUUGCCUCCAUCGGCACCUUUGGCUGCACAGUCGGUCCCCUCCGUCUCGACCUCAGUAGAUGCACCGUCCUUCAGUUUGAUACCAGCCAUGGAGACUGCACCGUCCGUUCGCUUGUCGCCCGAGGCACCGUCCGUCGCGUUCCUGUACCACCCGCGGCUCAAGCGCACGGCGUUUGCGACGUCGUGGCAGCCACCGAGCGUCGUGGCGCUCGAGGAAAGCCGGUUGGACUGUGAUCUUCUUCUGAGCACGCGUCUCGGGGUCAAUAUCUACGCGUACGAGCAACUUGUCCGGCUGUUGCACGCGUCGACAGCGUCACCGUGGACGACGCUCGCCGCUGUUUUUGCCAAAGUGGUGUUUGUAGUGCUCAACGCCCCGGUAUAGCGUGUUUCACGCAGAGGAGUAGAGGCGCAAUAUCAACAACAUGCGGUAGGCGCGCGCGGUGGCCGACGUCCAAGCACAAGUGGCCCGUCGGCAUCCGAAUGUUCGUAUCGAAGCCAAGACCCCGGACAGCGUCGUGUCCUGGCUUCACGACACGGCGCGGCGCGAAGCGGCGGAUGGCGCGGCGCUCGUCAUGCUGCUGCAGGGGCACCCGCGUGACAUUCACUUUGUUGCGCGCUGGCAGUUCUUUGCGGGCUUGGGGCUCAGUACCGGGACGCAGCUCGUGCUUACGACCAAGUUUAUGGGGCAGAGCGUCGAGCACGUGCGUUGUCUCAAGUUCAACUGGAUGCACUGGAAGCGCAUGCUGCCAUGGACCUCGGACGCGACGGCCCAAACAAUCUUUGCGUUUGUCAAGCUGCCAAAUCGAGUCUAACCCUAGCCCCACUUACAAGUCUAGUCCCCACUUACAAGUCGUGAAUGAUCGACACGGCUUUCGCAAGCGU